AUGGAGAAAAAUAUAUUUUGUACAAUUCUAUAUCACUAUUCAUUCAAACAUUUCUGCUUUUUAUUUUGUAUUUAUAUAGGUGUAAGCCGAGAAAAUUUCAUAAAUAAAUCAAAUAAAUAUAAAAAGAAAUUAUAUAUAUACCCACUUACUUCUGGUUUAGGGGAAAAUAAUAAAUUAGAGUACAAUAAUAGAAAAAAGGAAAAAUAUAAAACGUCUGAUUUAUUACAUGAAAAGAAAUAUAACGAAAACAAUAAUAUUAAUAUUAACAACGAAAAUGUGUCUGGUCUGCUUAAACAAAAGUCUCAAGUAAUCUUAAAAAACGAUAAUUCUACUACAAUUCCAUCAUUUUUUGCCUAUAUUAAAGAAAACAACUUACACAAAUACAAUUCACGGAGAAAUAGUAAUAGUAAUACUACGAGGGGUAGUUACAAUAAUGACAACAAUGACAGCAAUAAUAAUGAUAGGAGUGAGGGAGGAAAUCCCGAAGACUUAAGUACUUCUGGGAACUCAUUUAUUCAAAACGAUAAUGAAAAAAAAGUUGAAGAUAGUUUAGAUUAUGUAGAAGUUAUAGGUGAAAGAGGGAGUGUCAUAUUUUCACAAGAGUCAUAUUAUGUUAAUUUAUAUACUUACAAAGAAAUUCUUCGUUUUACAAACCAUCAGCCAUUAACUGAUAGUAAUAUGAACACGAUAGAGGAUGAAAAACUUAAGAAGAUUUAUGAUCAAGUGCAAGGAACUCUUAAAUUAUGUGAAUCCAAGAAAAUUAAAUUGUUAAAUGCAAUAAAUGAUUUAGAAAAUCCUAAAGAAUCAAGAGAAAAAGAAGUUCCAAAUGCUCAAAACUAUAGUUCUUAUAAUACACUGAAAAAUGAUUUUUUGGAAUGUUUACGUAAUUAUGAUAGUGAAAUUAAGAAGAAAAUAAAGGAAGUUACGAAGAAUAUUGAGGAGAAUUAUGGUGAUAAGUAUUGUACAAGGACUUGUAAUGCAAAUGUUUAUUUUGAAAAUAUAAAUUUUUAUAUUUCUUAUUUGAAUAAUAAUUCUAAUAAUUUGUAUAAUUCUUAUUAUAAUAAAGCUAACGAUUUUUUAACAUCUAGUAUUAGUAUGAUAAAACUUAUAGAAAAUGAAUUAGGUAACAAUGAAACUAUAAAUUCCGUAAAUUUUGUACAAAGAGAAAUAAAAGAAAUUAUAAAAAGUUAUGGUUAUCAUAUGAAAAAUAUUAAGAAUUCUAUGGAAAAUAUUAAAAAACUUGAAAACAUAAAUAAAUCAACUACUUUCGAUAGGAAUAAUCUUAUAGAUAAAAGUGUUGAGCUAGCAAAACUUAUGUCUCAGUACAAUUUUAGUAAUGAAAUAUUCAAUAAGAUGAGGAAAUGGUAUAGUAUAAAAAAAAAUAUAUUUCAAAAACUAUUUAUAACUUUAGCGGAAAAAUUAGAAAGGAAAAUGAAUGAAUAUGUUACGUUAGGCAAUUUCCAAAAUGUAUACGAUUCAAUAAUGGUAGAUUGGAAAUAUAUAUUAGAAUAUACACAGGAUAUAUAUAAUAGAAAUUCUAAAGGAGUGAAAAAUUAUGAAAAAAAUGGUGAUAUAGAAGUGAUAAUUAUUAAAAAUAAAGUUAAAGAAAAAUUAACUUCAUUAGAAGAAAUAAAUGAUAAAUUAAAUAAUAUUUUUUCUGCAAUAAAUUCUAAAUAUAUAUUAAUUAAAUCUACAAAAUCUUUAAUAGGUGAGAUAAAAGAUGAUUUUAGAAAUGAAGUCUAUAAGGAAGACAAUGUAGAUGGUGUUAUAAAAAUAAUGGAAACACUAAGUACUAAGCAUAAAACAAUAAAAGAUAAUGUCAAUACAAUAUAUUCAAAUUAUGCUAAUAUUAAAAAAUUAGAACAGCAAGUUAAUGAAAUAAAUGAUAGUAUUAAUGGAUAUUUGGAAGAAAUAAAAUCGUUACAGGAAAAAGGUUCAAAAAACGAUAUUAUCAGAGAAGAAAUAAUAACAAAAAUGGCUUAUAUAACUGAAAAUAUUAGAAAUUUAAAAAAAGUACUUUCCGUAGAGGAAAAAUCAAAAGAGUACAUUGCACAAGUUGAUGAAUUAAUUAAAGGAACAACACUGAACAUAAGUAAAUAUAUAGAUAAAAAAAAUAAUGCACAAAAUAAAAUAAAAGCAAUUAUUGAAGAUAUAUAUAAUGGAAGUUUAAAGGAUUUUGCUGAAGAAUUAUCAUUAAAUGUGGAUAAUAAUAGAAGUUAUCUAACGCAUACACAUCACACAGGUGAACUUAACGGUGUACUAGAAAAAACAAGAGAAGACUAUGAAAAACUAAAAGCUCUCAAACAUCACAAUUUUUCCGAUAUAAUAAAUAAUUUAAAUAAUGAAAUAAAGGUUAUUUUAGAAUUUAAAGAUGAUAUUUUAAGAAUUCAAAAUGAGGAUAUGGACGAAAAAUUAACCAAUUCUUUAGAACACUUUAAAACAGUGUAUAAAAUCUUAACAACUAGCUUGAAUGAUUAUAAAGUACAUAAGGAAAAACUAGAAGAGUACAAAACUACUAUGAUAAAAAGAGAAAAGCAUUUUGUCGAUAAUUUAUUUGAAAACGAUGAUAAUGUUGUAGAGGGAAAAUCUACUUAUAAGGAGUUCCAGGUUCUUGUAAUUGAACUUAAGAAAAGAAAUAAAAUACAUGAAGAAUUUUAUACAACAAAGGAUGCCUUGAAAAAAACAAAAAUCCAAUUAUUGUUAUGCGCCGAUCUAGAAGAAAAAUUGAAAUCAUUCCAAAGUAAAAAAAAUACAGACUUCAAGGAAUUUACAGAUGAAAUAAAUAAUGGAAUAAUGGAUAAAAAGUUAAGUGAUUAUGAAAAUGAAUUUAUAAAAGACAACGAAUCAACUGACAAAACCAUACAAAAUAUUGAGACUUCAAAUAAAAACAUAAAUCAUCUUAAAGUAUUAAAUGCUGCUAUAAAGAAUUGUACUAAUGAGCGUAAAUUAAUUGAAAGCUUAAUAGAAAAAAAAAAUAGAUUAAAAGAAAAAGUGGUCCAGGAAUAUAAUAAAUUAGAUGAAGACAAUAUUAUAGAAGAACAUAUAAAUUUAAAAUUAAAAGUAAACUUAAACAAAGCUAUUUUGUCAAUAGAAACAAAAAUAUAUGACACUAGUAUGAAUAAUAUGAAAGAACAAAUAAAAAAUAUGUUGGAAUCUUAUACAAAUUUAAAGAAAAAUUAUAAAGAUUUUAACGAAACAGAAUUGAAAAAAUUAAAAGAAAACAGUGAGUGGAAAAGUAUUAAGGACAUUAUGAAUGAUCUAAAUGCUCAUUAUGAAAUAUUAAAGCAAAUUGUAGAUGAUAUAAUUAUUAAUCACAAUAAUGAAUAUAUGAUAUGGAUUGAUAACAGUAUAAUUGCGAAUAAUGAACAGAUAAAUAAUAAAAUAAAAGAAAAUCUAAACACUCUAGAACAAAUGAUGGAAAAAUUAAAAAUUCCUUAUUUUAAUAUUGAUGCGAGUAAUUUUAAAUAUAAUUUAAAUCAGGAAAAUAUUAAUGAAUUUAAGACAAAUGUUGAUAACCUUAUUGAAAAGAUCAAUAUAAGAAAGGAUAAAUUAAACAGCAUUAAGGCAGCUUCCGACGAACAAUUAACAAAAAAAUAUAAUGUAGAUAUAGGGGAAAUGGAACCAAAUAAUAAAAAAAAUGCACUGAAGGAAAUUUAUGAUAUAAUUAUAAGAAAAUCUAAUGAAUUAAGUGUAUUGUUGAAAGAUACAUCUAUAUUAAGAGAUAUUGAGAACACAGAAUUAAAUUAUUAUAAAGUUUUAAUUGCCGAUAUUGUCAAAAAGAUUACUGAUAAAACGUUUGAGGCUGAAAGAAUACUACAAGAGUUAAAUUAUUAUGUAGAUGUUACUAAGCUCAUUAAAAAUUAUAUAUACGAUGCAGUAAAAGAUGACCAUAUUUUUAAUUAUAGGGAGUAUUCCGAAGAGGGUAAAAAGAAUUAUAAUAAUAUAAAAACUCUCUUUGAUGAAUCUAUACGAUUUAAGAGCGAAGUGGACAGGGGGGGAAAAAUAGAUGAAGCUAAAGAUAUUGAAGGAAAAUUACAUCAUAAUUUACAAGAAGUCACAAAAAAUUAUAAUUCUUUGAAAGAUGCAUCAUUAGAUAUUAAGAAUAUGAAAGAAUUAUUGUCAGUGCAUGAUAUUCAGAGUAUUUUACACAAUUCAGAUAACCAUACUGAAGAGGUUGAGAAAUAUGCCAAACUGAUUAAAGACGAAUUAGAAAAAUCAGAUAAUCUUAUAAAACAAGUAAAAACAUAUUUUGAUAAUGCAGAGAAACUUAAAAAAGAAAUUAACACAAGCUUAAGUGAUGAAAAGAUUGAAGCAAACAUGAAAGAAAUUAUAAGAUGUACAAGUGAAAUUGCAAAAAGGAAAGAUAAUAUGAAUUCCCAUAUAUUAAAAGCUAAAGAAUAUAAAGAAAAAGCAUUAUUACAUUUUCGUAAUGCAAGUAGAAGAGAAAUUAUAAUAAAAUUUUUUAAAGAAAAUAAGAAUCAUGGAACAUAUAGCGUGCAAGAUAGUGAUAUGAACAAGGCUACAGAAGAUAAAGCAAAAUGUGAAGAAUUUUCGAAAGAAACUGUAAGUAAUGAAGAAAAAAUAAAAAAUCAUGGAACGGAUUUUAUGGAGUUCGAGAAAAAGAGUAAUACUCUUUUAAGUGAAUCUUUAAUUUUUGAAAUAAAAACGAAGUACGCAAAAGGAAAAAUAAAGGAAGUAAACAUAAUGAGUGAUAUAGAACAGAUACAUUCUUACAGUGAAAAAAAAUUGAAUGAAUGUGUAAAAAAAUUAGAAAAUUUUAAGGAAAUAUCCAAAAUUGAAGAAAUGAAGGAUAAUCUAAAAAAUGAUAAAUCAUAUGAAGCAUAUAGAAAUAUAAAGCUGAUUCUAGAAUUGGCCAAACAUAAUUUAUCAAGUAUAGAAGAUGUAAAACAAAGUAUAAAAAAUAUUUUAAUUAAAGCUAAUGGUUCAAAGAAUUAUAUUUCAGAAACACCUAAAAUACAAGCAGGUACCUCUUUAGAUUUAUUGAAAAUUGAACAUGAUUAUUAUUUAGAACACAUUGUAAAUAUUGAAAAUUUAAAAAAAUUUCUGCAUGAUGAAAAAAAUAAAGUAGAUGUAAUAUAUGCUACUACUACAAAAAUGGAAAAUGACUUGGAAAAAUAUAAAAAAGUUUAUGAAGUAGUAAUUCUGGAAAAGAUAAAAGAGAUAGCUGAUGAAAAGAAAAGACAAACUGAAUCAACAAGAGAAUCAAUAAAUACAUUAAAGGAUUAUUUUACUUCAAUUAUUAAUGAAUUUAAUUUGAAACAAAACAUUAUUAUGGAGAUAUUGGAAGAUGGACAAAAUACUAUGAAUCAAAUUUAUGAAGACUCUAACAAAUCGUAUAUAUUAAUUGAAAGUUAUGUAAAAAAAGCUGUAAAUGAUAAUGUGAAGUAUGGUGAAACAAAUCGUCUAAGAAAAGAAGCUGAAAAAGAAGAAGUGAUUCUUAAAAACAAGGCAAAUGAUGCAAAAAAUAAUAUGAUUAAUAUUAAAAAAAAUGAAUCCUUUAAGUUACUAAAUGUUAUGAAAGAUGAAUUAGAUAAAGUAAAUAUUAAGUGUGAAGAAGAACAUUCAAAAGUAAAAGAAAGCCAUGAUUUUAUUAAAAGAACCACUGAUAAUAUCAAAAAAACGUACGAUGAAAACAGUUCAUUGGAUAUAUUAAAACAAGCAAUAGAUAAAAAUAAUGAAAUAAAAAAAAAGAUACAUUCUUGUUAUAAGGCUGAAGCACAAAAUGUUUUUGGAAAAAUGAUUAAAACAGCAAAUCUAAUAGGUAUAAAAGUAAUAUCAGGAAUGGACACAGAAAUAACUCCAGAAGAACAUUUACAGAUAACAUCAAAAUUAAACUCCAAUUUAAAAUAUGAAUCCGAAAUUGAAAUGGAAUCAAAUGUAUACAAAAGUAUGGAUAUUUCCUAUUCAACAGUUCUAAAAAUAUUUAAAAAUGCUGAAGAUAUAGACAAUAAACUUGAAGAAAGUGAAAUGUGGAUAAGACAAGGUAAAAAUAUAUGUUAUAAAAGUAAAUCAACAAAUGAGUUAAAUAAUAAAUUUACUUUAACAAGUAAUAAAGGAAGUAUAGUUUUAUAUAAAAUUCUUGAUGCUUUUAAUAAGUUUAAUGAAUUAAAGGAGUUAUCAUGUGAUGAUAAAUAUCAAGAUAUCAUUUCGGAAAAGACAGAAUAUGAAAAGUUAGCUAAAUUAAGUAGUACUUACAACGAGAAGAAGAGUAAAAGUCCAAAAGAAUCAGAUAUAAUCAAAAUAAAAGAAGAACUUAAUAAUAGCUUGAAAACUUUAAAUAAUUUAGAAGAACAAAUUGAAAUGAUGAAGGAACAAGAAACAUCUAUUGUAAGUGCGCUAGAAGAAAACUCUUCUGUGGUUGAUAUAGAUAAAAAAAUAAAUGAUAUAGAUACAAGAAUCACAGAAAUUGUUUCUUCUUAUGAUGAGUUAUUAGUGAUAGGAAAACAAUGUAAAGUAUUAUGGUAUGAUUCCUUAGUUGGUAAUCUUAAUUCUAAAACAUCAAAUUAUUUAAGAAUAAUUCAGAACCAACGGGAAUAUGCUGAAUUAUACGUGGUUUAUAUAAGAAAGAACUCUGAUUCAAUGAAUAGUGACAUUCGUAAAUUAAAUAAUUCUUAUGAUGGGAAUCGAAUUAAUAACUACACAUUAACAAAUGUUGAAGAAGUAAUUAAACAUUAUAAUAAUUUAAAAAUACAAGAAAAAGAAGCAACAGGAAUAAUUAUUGAUAUUAAAAAAAAAUUAGUAGACGUUAAUGAAGAAGUAAACAUAAAUUCUUUAAUCAAUAGUAAAAAAGAGGUUCUAAAAUACUAUGAUAAAUUGAAGGAAAAAGUAACAGUGAUAAAUGAAAUAUAUAAAGAAAUAAAUUUAGCAAAGUUAAAAGAAAUGGAAUUAAGUAGCGAUAAAUAUUUUGAGAUAGGAGAGAUAUUUAGUAAUAUGGUUGAGAAGCAAAGUGCAAAGUUAUCAGAUAAUAAAAAUAAGUUAAAAGACAUUGAAAAAAUUAUAAAGGAAAAAGAAAAGGAAUUACGACAUAUAGGUUAUGAAUAUGAAUUAGGAUCUAUUCAACGUUUUAAUUUAACCUAUAAGAAUAUUGUGGAUAAUAUGCAAAAGUUGUAUGCAGUAGAAGAAGAUAACAGUAACGAAGAUAAGAAGUUGAAAACGUAUAUAGAAAAUAUUUUAUAUUUAAUAAAGAGAACAAAUAGCCUACUGGCUGAUGUAAACGAUUUUGAAAAUGAUAACAACAAGAUAAAAGAAAAUGAGGACAUAACAAAUGAUGCAAAAGAUUAUAUAAUAAAAGUUAAAGAAAAAUUAAAAAACACAAUCGUGGCGUUUGAGAGAGUAUUAGAAAACAUAAGGAAUAAUAGGACAUAUUCCAAAAAUAAUGAUGAUAUAAAGAAUAUUAUUUAUGACUCCUGGAAAAAUGUAAGUAAUAUUAAAGAAAAAUAUUCAAUGAACUUAGUUGAAAAUGACAAUUUAUUUCAUAUAGAAGACUAUUUAAAUAAUAUUAAAAGCAGUAUUACGAAUGGCAUAAAUGAGGAUAACAUUGAUGAGUAUAUUAAUAAAAUGUCUGAACAUAUUGAAAAUGAACUAAAAAGCAUAAAGAAUAAAGAAAAUAAGGAAGAAAUAAAAAAGAGAUCCAAGAAUAUUUUAAAUUAUUAUGAAGAGGCAAAAGAGAAAUUACAAACCAUGAAUAAUAUAGUAGAGAGGGUAACAAACAUAAAAGAAGAUAUUAAUAAUAUAUUUAGUGUAUAUUCUAUAAAUAUGAAUAACAGUGUAUAUGUAUCUACAAAAAGGUAUAUAGAGGAAGCAGAAAUAAUAAUAAACAAUUUACAUAGUUAUAUUGAUAAAAUGAAAAAAUUUACAAAUAAUAACGGAAAAAAAAUAAAACAAAUGGAAGAUGAAUUAAACAAAAAAGGAUUUAAAGAUAUAAUCAGUGAUCUCAAUAUUGAUAAGAUAAGUCAUCAAUCGACAGAUACAUUGAUAGAUAACUCGGAAGACACAGAAAACAAGAGUGCAAAUCAUCAUAUGCUUAGCAAUGUAAAGAAUUAUGAUUAUAGUGCAUUACAUGAAUUACAACGAUUAGCGAAUAAUACAAAUUAUGAAAACUUUGAUAGUGCAAAUGAAAAUGAACGAUUUAGAUAUAAAAAUAAUGCAAGAGGGUGGAAAGCAGGUGAAAAAUUUACUUAUGCAGGAGCAAUUGCACUAGGUUUGCUUAUAUGUUCUGGUGCUGGGUUUGUUGUCGUUAAUGGUAAAUUUGACUAUGAUAAUGUAGAAGAAGCUGAUUUUAAAACAAGAGAAGAACACCAUGAAUAUGUAAAUGAAUUAAAUAUCAGAGACGAAGAAAUUAUUGAAGUUUCUUUUGACGAAAAUAAUUAUCAUUAUUAUGAAUAA